GCAAGUGCCCGUGUGGCCUCCCGCACACUUCAAACACACACCCGCAUACACACACACACACACACACACACAGGGGGCACACACUCGCGCACCAUCAGUGGACAGUCCUUUCACCUGUGUGGAAAUAACAGGACCCUCUACAGAUCCCCGCGGAGGAGUGGAGUUAUUCAGAAUAGUGGAGAGGGUCCUCGCAUGCUGACGUCUGAUGUCCAGGAUUAGACUACUGAGCCACAGUCAUGGUCAUUCUGCAGCAGGGGGACUAUGUGUGGUUGGACCUCAAAACCGGCCGGGAGUUUGUGGUUCCCAUUGGAGCCGUGGUCAAGCUAUGCGACUCGGGCCAGAUUCAAGUUCUGGAUGAUGAAGGGAAUGAGCACUGGAUAUCCCCACAGAAUGCUACUAACAUCAAGCCCAUGCACCCCACCUCUAUCCAUGGGGUGGAGGACAUGAUCCGUCUGGGCGACCUCAACGAGGCUGGGAUUCUGCGUAACCUGCUCAUCCGCUACCGGGAGCAUCUGAUCUAUACAUACACAGGGUCCAUCCUAGUGGCGGUGAACCCAUACCAGCUGCUGCCUAUCUACACAGCAGAUCAGAUCCGUCUCUACACCAACAAGAAGAUAGGCGAGAUGCCACCGCACAUCUUUGCCAUCGCAGACAACUGUUACUUUAAUAUGCAGCGUAACAACAAGGACCAGUGUUGCAUUAUCAGUGGGGAGUCGGGAGCUGGGAAGACGGAGAGCACCAAGCUGAUCCUGCAGUUCCUGGCCGCCAUCAGCGGGCAGCACUCUUGGAUCGAGCAGCAGGUGCUGGAGGCCAACCCCAUCCUGGAGGCUUUUGGGAAUGCCAAGACCAUCCGGAAUGACAAUUCUAGCCGCUUUGGGAAGUACAUCGACAUCCACUUUAAUAAGAGAGGCGCCAUCGAGGGGGCCAAGAUUGAGCAGUACCUACUGGAGAAGUCCAGAGUAUGCCGUCAGUCCCAGGAUGAGAGGAACUACCAUGUUUUUUACUGCAUGCUGCAGGGCAUGUCUCCUGACCAGAAGAAGAAACUGGGCCUCACCAAAGCCACAGACUACACCUACCUCACCUUUGGAAACUGCACCGUUUGUGAUGGCCGCAAUGACCAGAAGGAGUACAGCAACAUUCGCUCUGCCAUGAAGGUCCUGAUGUUCACUGACACUGAGUUCUGGGAGAUCUCCAAACUGCUGGGUGCCAUACUGCACAUGGGCAAUUUCCGCUAUGAAGCACGCACAUAUGACAACCUGGAUGCCUGUGAGGUGGUGCGCUGCCCACAUCUGAACACUGCUGCCAUCCUGCUGGAGGUUGAUAUGAAAGACCUGAUGAACUGUCUGACCAGCCGAACCCUCAUCACCCGCGGUGAGACAGUCUCCACCCCACUCAGCAUGGAGCAGGCUCUGGAUGUGCGCGAUGCCUUUGUGAAGGGAAUCUACGGGCGCCUGUUUGUGUGGAUUGUGGAGAAGAUAAAUGCUGCCAUCUACAAGCCGGCGUCCUCCCAGCCCAAAAUAGUGCGCCGAUCCAUUGGCCUUCUGGAUAUCUUUGGCUUUGAAAACUUCACUGUUAACAGCUUUGAGCAGCUCUGCAUCAACUUUGCCAACGAGAAUCUGCAGCAGUUCUUUGUGCGGCACGUGUUCAAGCUGGAGCAGGAGGAGUACAACCUGGAGCACAUCAACUGGCAGCACAUCGAGUUCACGGACAACCAGGACGCCCUGGACAUGAUCGCCAUCAAACCCAUGAAUAUAAUCUCCCUCAUUGAUGAGGAGAGCAAAUUCCCCAAGGGAACAGACGCCACCAUGCUGUACAAACUCAACUUUCAGCACAAACUCAACACCAACUACAUCCCCCCCAAGAACACCUAUGAGACUCAGUUUGGCAUCCAGCACUUCGCCGGUGUGGUCUUCUAUGAGACAAGAGGUUUCCUUGAGAAGAACAGGGACUCUCUGCAUGGUGACAUCAUCCAGCUGGUGCACUCCUCCAAAAACAAGUUCAUUAAGCAAAUCUUCCAGGCUGACGUUGCUAUGGGGGCGGAGACGAGGAAGCGCUCCCCGACUCUGAGCAGUCAGUUCAAGCGCUCUCUGGAACUGUUGAUGCGGACGCUCAGCGUGUGCCAGCCUUUCUUCGUGCGCUGCAUCAAGCCCAACGAGUUCAAGAAGCCCAUGCUGUUUGACAGGGAGCUGUGCGUCCGGCAGCUGCGGUAUUCCGGGAUGAUGGAGACCAUCCGGAUCCGUCGGGCAGGCUACCCAAUCCGGUACACGUUUGUGGAGUUUGUGGACCGGUACCGGGUUUUAAUGCCUGGAGUGAAACCUGCUUACAAACAGGGAACCUGUCAUCGGAUCGCUGUGGCCGUCCUGGGGAGAGACGAUGACUGGCAAAUGGGAAAGACAAAGAUCUUCCUCAAGGAUCAUCAUGACAUGCUGCUGGAGAUAGAGCGAGAUAAGGCCAUCACAGACAAGGUCAUCCUCAUUCAGAAGGUUGUUCGGGGCUUCAAGGACCGUUCUAAUUUCCUGAGAAUGAGGAAGUCAGCCGUGUUGAUCCAGAAGACGUGGAGGGGCUAUCACUGUCGCAAGAACUAUGGAGCGAUGCGUGCAGGCUUCGCUCGUCUCCAGGCCCUCUACCGCUCGCGGAAGCUCUACCAGACGUACCACGUGGCUCGCCAGCGCAUCACGCUCUACCAGGCCCGUUGCCGAGGCUACCUGGUGCGCCGGGCCUUCCGCCACCGCCUGUGGGCCGUCAUCACUCUCCAGACCCACACCAGGGCCAUGAUCGCCCGCCGCCUCUACAAGCGCCUCAAAGGAGAGUACCGGCGGCGCCUGGAGGCAGAGAAGAUUCGCCUGGCAGAGGAGGAGAAGCUGCGCUACCAGAUGAGCGCCAAGCGGGCCAAGGCCGAGGCAGAGAAGAAGCACCAGGAGCGGCUAGCGCAGCUGGCCCGCGAGGAUGCCGAGCGCGAGCAGAAGGACCGCGAGGACGCGCGGCGCAAGAAGGAGAUGGUGGAGCAGGUGGAGAAGGCGCGCCAGGAGCCCGUCAACGACUCGGACAUGGUGGACAAAAUGUUCGGCUUCCUGGGCACCACCAACUCGUUUCCGGGCCAGGAGGGGCAAGCACCAGCAGGGUUUGAGGAUCUGGAGAGCUCUCAGAAGGGCCUGGAGGAGGAGGAUCUAGAUGAGGCUAAUCCUCUGCCGGAGGACGACCUGGAUGAUUUAUCUGAAUACAAAUUUGCCAAGUUUGCUGCCACGUACUUCCAGGGCACCACCACACACACAUACGUCCGCCGGCCUCUGAAACAACCCCUCCUGUUCCACGAGGAUGAGGGCGAUCAACUGGCCGCCUUGGCUGUUUGGAUCACAGUGCUGAGGUUCAUGGGAGAUUUACCGGAGCCUAAGUACCACACAGCCAUCAGCGAUGGGAGUGAGAAGAUCCCAGUCAUGACCAAGAUCUACGAAACUCUGGGCAAGAAGACCUACAAGAGAGAGCUGCAAGCCCUUCAGGGGGAGGGGGAGAACGCUUUGAUUGACACUCACAAGAGGAGCAGUGUCCGUCACAAGCUUGUGUCUCUCACUCUGAAGAAGAAGUCAAAGAUUACUGAGGAGGUGACCAAGCGCCUGAAUGAUGGCGAGUACACUAUGCACGGAAAUAGCAUGCUGGAGGACCGGCCCACGUCCAACCUGGAGAAGCUGCACUUCAUCAUCGGCAAUGGUAUCCUCCGGCCAGCCCUCAGAGAUGAGAUCUACUGUCAGAUCUGCAAGCAGCUGAGCCAGAACCCAUCCAAGAGCAGCCACGCCCGUGGCUGGAUCCUCAUGUCCCUCUGUGUGGGCUGCUUCUCCCCCUCAGACAAGUUUGUAAAGUACUUGAGGAACUUCAUCUGCGGGGGCCCACCUGGCUACGCCCCCUACUGCGAGGAGCGUCUCAGGAGGACCUUUGUGAACAGCACGCGGACACAGCCUCCAUCCUGGCUGGAGCUGCAGGCCACCAAGUCUAAGAAGCCCAUCAUGCUUCCGGUGACAUUUAUGGACGGGACGACUAAAACCCUGCUGACAGACUCGGCCACCACAGCCAGAGAGCUGUGCAACGCACUCUCCGACAAGAUCAACCUCAGGGACCGAUUCGGCUUCUCUCUCUACAUCGCCCUGUUUGACAAGGUGUCCUCACUGGGCAGCGGCGGAGACCACGUGAUGGACGCCGUGUCCCAGUGCGAGCAGUACGCCAAGGAGCAGGGCGCCCAGGAGCGCAACGCACCCUGGAGGCUGUUCUUCCGCAAGGAGAUCUUCACGCCGUGGCAACCCGCCGAGGACACCGUGGCCACCAACCUCAUCUACCAGCAGGUGGUGCGAGGGGUCAAGUUCGGAGAGUACCGCUGCGAUAGGGAGGAAGACCUGGCGGAGCUGGCCUCCCAGCAAUACUACGUGGACUACGGCGCGGAGAUCCUGGUGGAGCGUCUGAUCAGCCUCAUCCCCUCCUACAUCCCCGACCGCGAGAUCAGCACGGCCAAGACCGUGGAGAAGUGGGCCCACUUCAUCAUGGCCGCCCAUAAAAAGGGCAUCUAUGCACAGAAUAGGAUGGACCCACAGAAGGUCAAGGAGGAGGUGGUGGACUUUGCUCGAUACAAGUGGCCUUUGUUAUUCUCAAGAUUCUAUGAGGCCUUUAAAUUCUCAGGUCCAAGCCUGCCUAAGAAUGACGUGAUAGUAGCAGUCAACUGGACCGGAGUUUAUUUUGUGGACGAGCAAGAACAGGUCCUUCUGGAACUUUCUUUCCCUGAGAUCACGGCCGUCUCUAGCAGCAGAGGCGGGAAACUUCAGGGCCAGAGUUUCACACUAGCCACCAUCAAGGGCGAUGAGUACACCUUCACGUCCAAUAAUGCAGAGGACAUCCGAGAGCUGGUGGUCACCUUCUUAGAGGGCCUCAGGAACAGGUCCAAGUUUGUGGUGGCCCUGCAGGACAACCCCAGUCCUGCUGGUGAUGACUCCACCUUCCUGAGCUUUGCCAAAGGUGACCUCAUCCUCCUGGACCAGGAUACAGGGGAGCAUGUCAUGACGUCCGGCUGGGCCCACGGCAUCAACGACCGCACCAAACAGCGAGGAGACUUUCCGUCCGACUGCGUCUACGUCCUGCCCACAGUCACCAAACCUCCGCCGGAGAUAGUGGCGCUGGUUACCAUGACGCCAGACCAGCGUCAGGAGUCCAUCCGUCUGUCCCACAUUACCAACGGGGGCGAGGAGGAGCAGGUGAAGCCAUACACGCUGGAGGAGUUCUCCUACGACCACUUCAGGCCCCCGCCCAAGCACACCCUGAGCCGCGUGAUGAUCACCAAGAACCGGGGGAAGGACAAGCUGUGGUGCUGCACCAGGGAGCCCCUCAAGCAGCCGCUGCUCAAGAAGGUGCUGGGCCACGAGGAGCUCUCCCAGGAGGCCUGCAUGGCCUUCAUCGCCAUCAUGAAGUAUAUGGGUGAUUACCCCUCGAAGCGAACGCGCUCAGUCAACGAACUCACUGACCAGAUCUUUGAGGGAGCGCUGAAGGCAGAGCCGCUCAAAGAUGAGAUCUUCUCUCAGAUUCUCAAACAGCUGACGGAAAACCAUGUCAAGUACAGUGAGGAGAAGGGCUGGGAGCUACUGUGGCUGUGCACUGGCCUCUUCCCCCCCAGUAACGUCCUGCUGCCGCAUGUCCAGAGGUUCCUGCAGUCCAAGAGGCACCACCCACUGGCUCAGGACUGCAUGCAGAGACUGCAGAAAGCCUUACGGAAUGGCUCUAGGAAGUACCCCCCUCACCUGGUGGAGGUGGAAGCCAUUCAGCACAAGACCACGCAGAUCUUUCACAAAGUGUACUUCCCUGACGACACGGAUGAGGCUUUCGAGGUGGAGUCGAGCACCAAGGCAAAGGACUUCUGUCAGAACAUCGCUGACCGGCUCCUGCUCAAGUCCCCCGAGGGCUUCAGCCUGUUCGUCAAGAUCUCUGACAAGGUUAUCAGCGUACCAGAGGGGGAUUUCUUCUUCGACUUUGUCAGGCACCUCACAGAUUGGAUCAAGAAAGCCAGGCCCACAAAGGAUGGAAUAGUGCCUUCAUUGACUUAUCAGGUGUUCUUCAUGAAAAAACUUUGGACCAACACAGUUCCAGGGAAAGACUCCUUUGCCGACUCCAUCUUUCAUUACUAUCAGGAGCUUCCAAAGUAUCUCCGCGGUUACCACAAAUGCUCCCGCGAGGAGGUCUUCCAGUUGGGAGCGCUGAUCUACCGAGUGAAAUUCGAGGAUGACAAAUCCCAUUUUCCCAGCAUUCCGAAGAUGCUGAAAGAAUUAGUUCCCCAGGACCUGAUCCGCCAGCUCUCUCCUGACGACUGGAAGAGGUCUGUUGUAGCGUACUUCAACAAGCAUGCUGGAAAGUCCAGGGAAGAGGCCAAGCUGAUGUUCCUCAAGAUCAUUUUCAAGUGGGCAACAUUUGGGUCAGCUUUCUUUGAAGUGAAGCAAACCACUGAGCCCAACUUCCCAGAGAUCCUGCUCAUAGCCAUCAACAAGCACGGUGUCAGCCUGAUCGACCCAAAGACCAAGGACAUUCUAGUGACACACCCCUUCACCAAGAUCUCCAACUGGAGCAGUGGGAACACCUACUUCCACAUCACCAUUGGCAACCUGGUGCGAGGUAGCAAGCUGCUGUGCGAGACUUCACUGGGCUAUAAGAUGGACGACCUGCUGACCUCCUACAUCAGCCAGAUGCUGACCACCAUGAGUAAGCAGCGCAGCUCGAGGGGCCAGAGCAAGUGAACGUCAUACUGGCAGGAGGCUGCUGAGCUGCUGCGUCUGCUGCGGCCCAUGGGCCAUCCCUGCAGCUGGGGUCACGCCUUCCCCUCCCACGUGUGGAGGAUGAGCCGCAACCCCUCCACCGCCGGCUCCUCCCUCUCCCAGGACACCCUGACGCCCGAUGACGACGAUGCCUCAUCCUCCCCCUCCAGCGAGGACGACUACCUCUGAGCCUCCGCCAGUGGCAGCAGCAGUCCCCUCGCCACGUCCCGUUUCGGGGGUGGGUGCCUCGUCUGCUGGCCCCCCACCCGCACCACCCCCCUCCCCACCCUCACUCCCCCAGCCUCCUGCCCACCUUGGAUCCUCUAGCUGUCUCCCUAAGCUCAAAUGUUACACGUUCAACUCUGCCUCAUUUUGACACGGACACAUUCGCCUGACAGUUCAGUUGAAGUACAUGAAAUGUGCCCACUGCAGCACAUACGGCUUUAGUGUUCUUGUCAUUAACUUUCUGAGUGAGGCGCUAGAAGAGCUACUUGUAUUAAAAUAGGUUUGGAAAAAAGUUUUUUGUCACUUUGUUGUUAGCUACUGAAAGUAACUGAUUAGAUUCCCUGUAUAAAGUUGUAAUAUAUUGUUUUUAUUUGUCAGUGUACUGAAUCAUGACCUGGGUUUACAGGUGUGUGAUCAAAUGAGUUUGAAAAGUGUAGACCUAAAGUAUUCUUCUAUUGUUCUGUUGACGGCCUUAAAGUACAUUUUUACCAAUUUGUCCAAUGUGAUCUUGUUUUUUAAUGAAUGUAGAAAUGCAAGUCUCAUUCAGUCCGAUUUGACAAGUUAGAUGUGCAUGUGUUUUCACAGCGCCAGUGCUGUGUGUGUUUUGUUCUUUUUCUGGGUCUGGAGGAUUUGGAGGCGCCUUUUAUCAGACCUCCUUAUGGCCUUAUUUAAAAUGGCAUCUAUUUCUAAAUGACAGCCAUUCACUCCUCGGAGGGCAACAGACCAGGACAGUGAGGCUUCACAGUGUAUUUAGAGAACCACAACAGCACAUAAUGGAGGAUGAACUGCUGUUACUCUUUGUUAUUUUCUGAGUGUGGUAUUUUCUUGCAUGGUAGCUUUUAUCUUCUAAGGAAGUGUUCAUGUAUUAUGUACUAUGGUAGCUGAAUCUUUCACCAAUGGCCUUUAUGUGCCAGUACCUUGUAGACCAACUGUACUGUUAGGACACUGUUACAUUCUGUGAAAAUAAUUACAACAUAUGUAUAUUGUAGUACCAUUAUAACUUAUUUUCAUAAAGGGUUAAGAAUAUGAAAAUCCUGCUUGUGUUACACUAUGCUGCAUCUACUAUUUUAGAAGGCACAAUGUAAGAUGCUGUAGAGUUGUUGUUCAAUUUGUAAGAUAGUAUCAAUCCCUGGUUGUAAACUUGCAUUGCACUGGGUUAUUAUAAACACUAAAACAAAAAAGCAGAGGCCAAACAGGAACUUGAACUCAAGAUCAAGCUCACAGCACAAACUGGUGUUAUUGUCCAAAUUUGCUCCCUGCUGGUUAUGAGUUACAGAUACAAAGCACGUCAGUAUAGCUCUGUUAUUAUGUGUUGAUCAAUGUCAAAGGUUUUGGAUUUAAUGAGACAUCUCCUUGUUAUCAUCUGAGGCAUCAUGUGAUGGCAACCUUUUCAAUAAACUGUGACUGUUA